GCCGCGCCCGGGGGAGCGGGACGGGCCCGGGGCUGGCCCGACGGACACAGAGGUGGCCGUGGCUGCCGGCGGCACUCGGGCCGGUUGGUGUCGGGGCCGGCGGUCUGGGGCCCGGCCGGGUGGUUCCCGUCUGCCCCGGGUGACAGUCGGAGGUGGCGGCGAGGCUCGCCCCGCCACUCGGGAGUGCCGAGCGCCCUGGGAAGAGUCGGCGGGAACGCGGCCAGGCCGGGGCCUGCGUCCUAAAGCGGCGUGCAGCCGGGUCCAACACUUCAGUUCUUGAGACUCUGCGCGAUUUAAUGGUGCGCUGAGUUUGCUCCAUAAGGAGAUGGUUUAGAAGAGAUGUAUUAAAUUUAUGAGACAAACUUGUGCUGAUCCAGAAGCCCCUGGGUGCAGUGCACAAGCCACCUGCAGCCAGCAGCAGCACUGACCAGCACCCAGGAUUCUGCUGUCGGUGCGACACAACAGAAGUGAGUGCCUGAGGGGGCUUCAUGUGCCUGGAAGAGAAAUACUCUUCUUGAUUCCUGCACCCAAAAUUGAAAUCUACCACUGAAGUUAAUAUAAAAGAAAUGAUAAAAUUUUUUCUUAUGGUAAACAAACAAGGUCAAACAAGACUGUCCAGGUAUUAUGAGCAUGUAGAAAUUAAUAAACGGGCAAUACUGGAAGCUGAAGUAAUCAAAAACUGUCUCUCCCGUUCAAAGGAUGAGUGCUCUUUCAUUGAGUAUAAGGACUUCAAGCUGGUGUACCGACAGUAUGCAGCUCUUUUCAUAGUUGUUGGCAUCGACCAGACAGAGAAUGAGAUGGCAGUAUAUGAACUAAUUCAUAAUUUUGUGGAAGUUUUGGACAAAUACUUCAGCAGAGUGAGUGAAUUAGAUCCCAGUGCAGAGCAGUGCCAGAGGUGAACUAAGUAGCAAAACAGCUGUCUUUCUAAAAAUUCCCACAUUGCUGUAAUAAAGAAAUCCUAACUUCUCAGAUUAAAAUAUUUCUGUAAAGGCUGAUUUACUCAAUAAGUUUAUCACAGCAAGAAAUUUGUCUUCAAUCUUUGAACUGCCAAGCCAAGUAAAGCUAUCACCUUUGUCUCUGGUACCACAAAAAUGGUGACUGUUUGAAGUUUUAAGGACAGCACUGCCCCUCAGUAUCAAAAGGCACAAAUCAAAUUUUUAGAAACAAUGCAGGCCUAUGGUCAGAUUCAGGAAGAAGUCUGGUAUUUAAAAAAUAAUUUAGAAUUAAAUUAGGUAGUUAUGUUUAGAUCAGUAAAUUAGAAGCUGUCUGAUGAACCAUGGCCAUCCCCAAGGCCCUGUUGACAGCUAUAGUUUCUCACCUAGCAGUAACUAGUAGAAAAGUUAUUUGGGGACCUGAAUUGUGCUACUACACAUAUCUAGACAUGCUGUGCUCUUGAAGCAGAACACGUCCUCUGGAGCAGUGUUACAAUUGCUUCCCCUUAUAGGCAAAUACACCAUAGCACUGAGUUCAGCCCAGAACGUCACAGCAAGGAGGAACAAAUACCUGGCUCCUAAGCUGUUGUCAUUUGCAGUUCAGAACUCACACUGCUCCAGCUCUUUGGCAGAGCAGUAGGGCUGACUGCCAAAACCAGAUCCUCUGGCAGUCAAUAGACAGAGCAGUCUUCUUCAGUGCCUGAGUCAUGUUCAAAAAAUUAGACUGAUAUUUAUCACACUGAGCAGAGGAAACAGCUGAUGCCUUCAAAAAACCUGAUUCUUGCAACUCCACUGAGGGAAGUCCACUCACAUAAAUACAAAGACUACAGCAAAACCAAGGCUGUCUUUCUUACACCAUGAAUAAAUAUGACACCAUAUUUAUUCAUGGUGUCAUAAAUAGCAGAAUGGGAGAGAAGGCGCUCAAGAGACUCUUCAAAAUGGGGGGAAAGUACUGAGAGAUGUAUUUAGCAGUUACUGUAUGAAGUCUUGCUAGCUCCACUGCAGCAGUCCUCAAUACAUGGGCAAGAUUUAGAAGGUACAAAAUGAAGGCAACGCAAAUCUGUUGUGCUCAGCAUAGAACACAUGUAAAGAGCAGCAACAGGUGGAGAGUAAGGCAGAUAAAGGGUUAUUCAUGCUCUGUGUAUGUAUGUCAGUGAGGCAUAACAGAUGCACCCAGCAGGCUGCUUUGCUGUGCCCGUUUCCAUUUCAGGUUCUGGUGAUAAAUGGCAACAUCCGAGUCUUUUUUCACAUCCAAACCCUUGGCAGUUGUUCAGUGAAUGCACUGGACACUCAUGUCUGCAUGUAUGCACUUGUGUGUCAUGAAUGCCAACCCCUUCAUACCCCUGAAGGCCUGCCAUCAUUGUUUUGAGACAGACACUGUUAGACAAAGUUACUGUUUCCCUAGCUUUAUUAAAAUAAUGGUAAAUAAACUAGAAUAAAUUAAGAAAUACCUAUUUUUGCAAAAUUUUAUUUAAAACUUAGGUGCCUAUGAUUUUUUUUUAAAUUAUCUUCACAUUGUUCAAAAUACACUUAACUUGAAAUGU